CCUCCCCCUCCGGGUGUGUCAGAAUUUGGGGCUUAAGAAUAUCCCGGCGCAGCGCGGCGCCGCAGUCCGUGACAGGAGGGCGGCGGAGGCGGCGGAGCGGGCCGCAGGGAGGGAGGAAGGGCCGCCCAGGCUGCUGCUGCUGCCGCUACUGCUGCAGCUGCCGCCGCUGCCGCUGCCGCCGCCGCCGCCGCCGUCGCCGCCGCUGCUGCUUCUGCUGCUGCCGCCGCCGCCGCCCCCGCCGCUGCCCAGGCUGCAUAGGAGCCUCCGGCGCUGCGGCUGCCUCUGCGGCUGCCUCUGCCGCUGCUUCUGCCCCGCGCCUGUGCCCGCUCCCUGCUGCCGCCACCGGCUGGAGGCGCUCCCUCCCCGCGCUCCGUCCGUGGCUCCCGCACUCCCUCCCCGCCGCCGCCACCAUGCCGGUGGGCGCCGCCGCGGCCCCCAAGAACCCGGACCUGGAGUUCGCGUCGCUGCAGCCCUGCUUCUACCCGGACGAGGACGACUUCUACGCGGGCGGCCCGGACGCGGCGCCCCCCGGGGAGGACAUCUGGAAGAAGUUCGAGCUGCUGCCCACGCCGCCGCUGUCCCCCAGCCGCGCCGGCCCCGGCGGCGGCCCCGGCGGGCUGCCCAGCCCCGCGGCCGCCUGGCCCGGGGGCGGCGAGCCCCCCGACUGGGCGUCUGAGCUGCUGCUGCUGCCGCCGCCCGAGGCCGAGCCGUGGGGCACCCCGGGGGGCCUGGCGCACGCGGCCUGGGGCGAGGCGAACCUCAGCGCCUUCGUGCUGCGGGACUGCAUGUGGAGCGGCUUCUCCGCGCGGGAGAAGCUCGAGCGGGCCGUCACGGAGAAGCUGCAGGCGGGUCCCCGGGGGGCCAAGGCCUCCGUCACCGCCUCCGCGCAGCCCGCCAGGGCUGCUGCUGUCGCGCCCUCCGGGGCCCCCGAGCUGUGCAACCCCGCCUCCGAGUGCGUGGACCCGGCCGUGGUCUUCCCCUUCCCGGUGACCCAGCGCCAAGCUGCCCCCUCCCCCGCGGGGGUGUCGGGGGGCGCCAGGCAGCACCCCCGGGGCUCUGGGGGAGACACCAGGACCAACAGCUGCUCCGGGGACGACACCCUGAGCGACUCAGAUGAUGAAGAGGAGGAGGAGGAGGAGGAGGAAGAGGAGGAGGAGGAGGAGGAGGAGAUCGACGUGGUGACGGUGGAGAAGCGCCGCGCGGCGGCCUCCAGCAGCCCCAAGGCGGUCACCACGUUCACCAUCACGGUGCGCCCCAAGAGCGCGCGGGCGCCCCCGCCCCCGCCGGCGGAGGCGGCCCCCAAGCGCUGCGCGCCCAUCCACCAGCAGCACAACUACGCGGCGCCGUCGCCCUACGCCGAGAGCGAGGACGCGCCCCCCCCGAAGAGGCCGCGGGCGUCCGAGGCGCCCCCGCGGCCCCCCCGCGGCGCGCCGGCCCCGCCGCCCAAGGCCAAGAGCGCCAGCCCGCGGCACUCCGACUCGGAGGACAGCGAGCGGCGGCGCAACCACAACAUCCUGGAGCGGCAGCGGCGCAACGACCUGCGCUCGAGCUUCCUGACGCUGCGCGACCACGUGCCCGAGCUGGUGCGCAACGACAAGGCGGCCAAGGUGGUGAUCCUGAAGAAGGCCACCGAGUACGUGCGCGCCCUGCAGGCCGACGAGCAGCGGCUGCAGCUCGAGAAGAAGCGGCUCAUCGCCAAGCAGGAGCAGCUGCUGCGCAAGAUGGAGCACGUGCGGACUUGCUAGGCCGCCGCCGCCCCGCCGCCGCCACUUUGCACACUUUGAGGGUUCCGGAAAAGGGUGGACAUGAAGAAUGUUUCACUGUCACACGCGGCGGGCGGGGCACGGACACACGGACCGGACAGACGGCCGCCCCGCCCCGCCCCGCCCUGGUGCUCCUCCUGUACAGAUUCCGCUUUGCCUUGGCCGGCGCGGCGCGGCGAGGAGCACGUCCGGCCUGUCCCGCCGCCGCCACAUUUGAUACUUCUAUUUUCGUACGAAAAUGAGUUGUGAGAGGGCCGAGCGCGCCGAGGGACGCCCGACCGCGCCCGGCCCCGCGUCUCCAGGGCUGCCCCAGGAGCGCUUAAAAUACCUCAUCUGUGGAAAUAAAGUCACUGAACGCGCCGCCGCCUCCUCGCUUGCUUCUGGGAGCAUCCUCGGGGGCCCGCCCCCCCGCUCUGCCGGGCCGUGGAGUCUUAGGUAGUGAGCUCCCCGGCAGGCGCGGGGAACCCACAUUCAAGGCAGGAAUGGCAGGGAAACACCCGGAACGAUCCGCCUUCGGCGGGAAGCCCAGGCCGGAGGGGCCGGGAGGGACCUGGGAAGGGGGUGGAUGGGUUUGGGGGACCCCAGGAAGGCGGCGGCCCCCGAGAGCGGACGUCCCCCCCAGUGGGACCAGGUUCCAGCGCCCGCCUGCCCACCUUACCUCGGCCGAGUCACUGAAGCUCUGGGCCUCUGUUUCCCCAUCCCGGCGCCCAGGAGGGGGCCCUUCUGUCCCCCGGGGCAGCCCCGACCCAGAAGCAUGGGGGGGGGAGGGGGAGGGGAGGCCCCAGACUCCCUGGGUGGAAGCCUUCUCCAGGAUAAUGGGCCUCCCCUGUUUGGAAAGCCUCCGUCUGGGUCUCAAGGAAGAUAGCGACUGGGGGGGCCCCAGUGGUUCUCUGCGGUGAUCUGGGGAGGCCGAGGGCUCCGUCCUGGUCCCCAAACCCGGCGUCUUCUGGAAUCUGAAUCGGCCGCUCCCAGGGCUGCUCAGGGGCCUCACCCCUUCCCGGCGCUCUCUUAGGAGCCCGACAGCCUCCCACAUUCUCUGUGGCUCUGCGGGCUGGACAAAGCCUGAAGGUCCCGGAGCACGGUCCGGGCAUGCUGGGGAGAUCGGGGAGCCGGGGCGCCCGACGAGGUAGUCACAAAGCCAAAGAAGCUCGGGAUGGCUCUGCGGGGGCGCUGGCUGGGCACCCACGGAACCGCCUCCAAACAAAGGCCCUUCAGAGCUCCCGGCCUCCUCGGGGUGCCGGUCUAGGAUGGAAGGAGCCUCGAGGGCACACGCUGGGCAUUGGGUUCCCGCAGCCUCCCCAAAGGUUGGGAAUUGGGGAGGGAACCCCAGACACAUCCGAGGGAGAUGGAGGAGACCUCAUCUGGGGAAGGCCCAGCCUCUGCCUAGAAAGCCCUCCGCUGAGGGGGAGCUCACUACCUCCCAAGGCAGCUUGGGGUGGAGAGCAUCUCUGCCCCCUGCUUUGGGAGAUGCUGAGAUCCUGGGGAUGGAGACUGAGGCAUCCAGCCAAAGGGACAGACAGCUCAGUUCAACGACCAUUCGUCAAUGGAGGACUGACAGUGCUGUAUUUGAAUUCAGAGGACCUGAGUUCGAGUGCAAUGCUUCCUACCUUGGAUGAGGCAGUUUUGUAAAAUGGAAGAAUUGGACGGAAGAUGCUCGGUGAGUUCUCCUUCAGCUCUGAAAUCUGCUCCUGCGCUCCCUCCUCGUUUGUCUCAUCCCAGCCUCCACCCUGGACCACAGCCUCUGCCUCCUUCGCUCCUACCUUGGGCCGCUGAGCAGAGCUGCGGGAUGCCACCCGAGCGAGCUGCCUGGCUACAGGGCGAAUUCCAGCAGCUGGCGAGGCCGUCCUUCCAUCCUCCCUCACGGCUCCCCGAACUCCUCCCAAGAAGCUCCUGCAGACCUUUGCUCGUCUCCUCCAGCCUCCCCAAAGGUGCCCUUUGCCAGCCCCCUCUGCCUCGCCCCAUCCCUUCCCUGCUGCCCCCUGGUCACGCCUCUCUCGAAGCGGCCCUUCCCCGCCGCCUUCACAGGCUCCCGUCUUGCCCAGCCUGAAGACGCCUUCCACAGUCUGCCCUUCCCUCCGUCCGGGACCCCGAGCCUCCCUUUCUCAGCCCAACCCCUGGGCAGAGCCGAGGUCACGGCCUCCUCCUGGCACUCCUCAGCCCUGGAUCGUCCGGGACCAGCAGAGCCCCGACUCUGGCGUGUCUGGGACGCUGCCCAGCGCCCGGCUGUCCUCUCUGCCCCUGCCUCUUCCCCUUUCUCCGGACCCCGUCCCUGCCGCGUCACGCCAACCACUCCAGCCCUGCCCAGCCUCCGCCUCCUGGCCGUGGCCCCCCGAGGGUCCGUCUCCUCCGGCCUCUCCACCCACUGCCGCCCUCUUGGUCCAUCCUCGCCACCUCCCGGCUUCAGGUCUCUGGCAGCGAGGUGGCGCCGUGGGUGGGACGCUGGGCCUCCACUCUGGCCUCGGAUGCUGACUCGCCGCAGGGCCCUGUGCAAGUCACUUCUGUGCUCCUCUGUGGCAUGCCAGGGAGAAGGAAAUGGCCAGCCGAGAAAGCCCCGGAAUGGGUGUCACCAGGAGCGCGGCGAGCUCGGCCGGGCUCCUGCCCCUCAGGGAAUUCCCGGCCUCUGUGCCUCGAGGCUUGCCUGGAACCGCCCCCUCUGGUCUCGGUGCCCUUCAGGGGGCCCCAGUUUGUCUUUCUAGCUUUACCUUCUUCCCCAUCCAGAACCCUGGGACCACGUGGCCAAACUGGCCGUCUCGAUGUCUCCCACACGCAGUGUUCCCUCUUCUGUGGCCGUGCAUUUGCACUGGCCUCCCCCAUGCCUGAACCCCCCUCUGUCCUCACCUCCAUCCCCUAGAAUCCCUCUCUUCCUUUACAAAGAAGUUCGAGUGCCACCUCCUCCAGGAAGCCUUCCUGAUGUCCACCUGCUUCUUUCCUCCCUCCCUCCAAGAGUGAUUCAUUGUGGGGAUCCCCAGGCCAGCAAUAGCAGGGCUUCGGUAAGUUCUUGUCUACCGACCUGGUGAUGCAGACAUCCCUUCUCAGCCUCCUCCAUCCGUCCUGGAAUGCUCGCAUCAUUGCGUCUUGAAGGGGGUCCUGGCUAGGACUGGGGGGGGGGCCGGUUUGAGGUCCUCUGGUCAGUUGUGUCUCUGAGGCUGCCACGGUGCCCCCUUUUCCCCUCCUCUCCAGGGUCUCCACUGGAAUCCCAGCGCCACAUACUGGGAUCGUGUGGGGGUGAGUAUGGCCAUCCGCUGGAAGCGUGGGGAAUGUCUGGCCCCCUGGACUGUGGGGGACCCCUCCUUGCUCCAGGAAGCCCCUGGCAGGGUUUUCACUUGUCCGCAGCCUGGUCUGGGCUCGAGGGCACUCCUGACUCUGCCCAGACCUUAAUCUCUCUUUCUAACCCUUUGUCUGACACAUCCUUUUCUCCCCUCCCAGACAGUGGUGAGGUGACUGGAGACCGAUUUGCCCACCUUUGGCUAUUUCCUGCAUUUUAGGGAUGGAGGUCAGGUAUGGCCUCCUUUCUGGGGGCCUCUAGGACCAGGGGUCAGCCCUUGGCGGAGAGCCCCUCCUUCAGAGUUAGAGGCUGGACUGCUGUCUCUUCUGUUAAAGGGCUCUGGGAUGGGGAAGGCCUUUUGGAUUGUUUUUCUUUUAAACUCUCACCUUCUGUCUUAGAAUUAAUAUUGUAUAUUGGUUCCAGGGCAGAAGAGCAGUAAAGGCUAGGCAAUGGGGGUUAAGUGACUUGCUCAGGGUCACACAGCUGGGCAGUGUCUGAGGCCACAUUUGAAUCCGGGAUCUCCCAUCUCUAGGCCUGGCUCUCCAUCCACUGAGCCAUCCAGCUGCCCCUGGAUUGUUUUAAAGGAAAGCCCCAGGUUCUAUGUUACAAAUAAGCCUUCUUGGGAAAGAAACAAGUCUUCUACUAUCACUCCUACCAGCUCUGAGUAGAUAGUGUGUACUAGAACAUCAGAGCUCUGAUGAACCUGAGAAAAGAGAUCGGGAUGUCAGGCCUGGGGGGUGGGGCUUAGAACAGGGGAUGUCAGGGCUGGGAGGGGGCUUAGAACAGGGGAUGUCAGAGCCAGGUCCGCAAUCCCAUCUCUAUUAUCUGUGUUUGCAUUCCAACUUUUCUCUCCCAGACUCAGCUCCAUGACAUCAGGAGCCACACCGUGGUUAUUUUGGCGCCCCAGUUGGGGCUAUCUUCUGUUAUGUUCUAAUUGCUUAAUAAAAUGUUCAUUGAGUGA